AUGCUCUCACGCACUAUCCGACCCGCCGCAGCCCUUCUUGCUCGUCCCGCUGUCCAACAGCAGACGAUGGGGAUGGCGACGCUGAAAGAAAUCGAGCAGAGGUUGAAGAGUGUGAGGAAUAUCGAGAAGAUUACCAAGUCCAUGAAAGUCGUCGCCUCCACCAAGCUCACCCGCGCCGAGCGCGCCAUGCGCGAAGCCAAGAAAUACGGAGCGGCCAACAACGAAAUCUUCACCAACUCCAAGGGGGAUUCUUCUUCCGAGGGUACCCCCAAGAUCCUUUACCUCGCCAUGACAUCCGACGGCGGUCUCUGCGGCGGUAUCCACUCGGGCAUCACCCGCAUGGUCAAGCGCGAGCAGGCCAAGCAGGCUGGUGAUCUCGCCGUCGUGGGCGAUAAGCCCCGCGCGCAGCUGUCACGGGCCAUGCCAGAGACGUUCAAGGUGACGUUUGGGGGCGUCGGGAAGGACGUGCCGACGUUUGCAGAGGCGAGCGUUAUUGCCGAUGGGAUUAUGAAGAACGGGGGGGACUUUGACGAGAUCCGCCUCGUCUACAACAAAUACGUCUCUGCGAUCGCUUACGAACCCGCCGUCAACACAGUCAUCACCGCCGCUGCGCUCCGCCAGGCGGCCGGGUUCCAGGCGUACGAGAUGGAGGAGGAUUCCAGCAAUGAUCUCGCCGAGUUUGCCCUCGCGAAUGCGAUCUACACGGCUUUGGUCGAGGGGCAUGCGGCCGAGAUUUCGGCCAGGCGGACGGCUAUGGAGAAUGCGUCCAACAACGCACUCGACAUGAUUGGCUCCCUCCAGCUCCAGUACAACAGAGGUCGUCAAGCCGUCAUUACCACCGAGCUUAUCGAUAUUAUUACCGGUGCCUCGGCGUUGUAA